AAGAAGAAGAAGAAGAAGUGGCGAGCUUCUCAGUACAGAUGCAGCUUAUAACGGCCAAAGCAAUGAGGGAGCAAUAGUGUCAUUUUUAUGGUGCUUCUUAGUUUAUUGUGUCUCUAACAGACCAACCCUGCCCAAGGAUGGAUCCUGUAGUGCUGAGCUACCAGGACAGUCUGCUGCGGCGCUCUGAUGUGUCCUUACUGGAAGGACCUUACUGGCUUAACGACCAGGUCAUUGGUUUUGCCUUUGAAUACUUUGCUAAUGAGCGCUUCAGAGUCCUGGGAGAUGCUGUUAUCUUCAUUAGCCCAGAGGUCACCCAGUUCAUCAAGUGUGCCUCUUGUCCUGAUGAGUUGGCCCUCUUCCUGGAGCCACUGGAUCUCCCUUCUCGUCACUGGGUCUUCUUAGCCGUUAAUGACAACUCCAACCAGACAGCCGGAGGGUCCCACUGGAGCCUCCUGCUCUACCGUCAUAACACCAAACAUUUUGCACACUACGACUCUCAGAAUGGCAGCAAUUCGCUGCACGCGCGGCGCAUCGCCAGCAAGCUCGAGCCCUUCCUCGGUGCUGGGAGAAAAAGGUUUGUGGAGGAGCCCUGCCCGUCGCAGCAGAACAGCUAUGACUGUGGCAUGUAUGUUAUCUGCAUUGCUGAGGCCUUGUGUGAGAAGGUCAGGCUGGAGGGCUCAACCCGACUUACCAUGCAAGCCAUCACCCCAGCCUACAUUACCCAGAAGCGAGCCGAAUGGUGCAGACUGAUCCAGAGUCUGGCUCAGAACGACCUCUGCUGCUCUUUCCCCUAGCACGUUUACUGGAACUUUUUAUGGAUGCAAAACUGUGCUCCUCACAUCUUCUUCUGAAUAAACCCAAUGCACUCCUCGCACACAGCAUAUAAGUACAUAUUUAAUACAUUUACCUUACAGAUAAAGUUCUAAAAAUGCUUCAGAGAAGAGUGGUGUAUUGUUUCUUCCAGUGUAUAUGCACAGCUACAUUCAGUAUUUAAUCAACACCAGCAUGCCUAUAAACCGAAAACGUGUAAAUGCUUCGUGAGCUUGGAGAAUGUGCCAUGUGGAACAGGAAGCACUGAACAUUUUAUCUUGUUGGUGUGAGGCGAAUGUAGAAAUGUUUACACAGAUUAUUGCUCAGGGUCAUUUUAAGUGAACUGAAUUGACUAUAAGAAUGUUCUACUAACGCGGGCUCCUAUGUCUUACCACAUUGUUAUCUCGCGGAUUUCUUUGCUUUUUGCCAUCAGUUUGAGCAGGAUUUGUUUCUACAGCUGCAGUUUAUAAAAAGAAAUGUUCUGUGCUGUUACGUUUUUUCUUUUUGGAAGAAAGGGCAAUGUUGAAUGGAGGUGCGUAAUGCUAUGUUCUUACAAACUGACUCGAUAUUUGUUGGCAGUUCUGCCACAUCUCAGUGAACAUAGAAGCACUGCAAAAUUGUUUGUGGUUUUAAUUUGACAUGCAGGCUGUCUUUUGUUUUUGUUUUUUUCAUCAAAUCUCUGUUAUUAAAAUUUGUUUGGCUGCAGAAAAAUCAGAA